AACGCCGUCAAUUGCAGGAGGGAAAUCAAAUUGUUCAAAAACCAAUACAAAAGACUCAAAAAAAUUUCACUCUCUCCACUUUAACGCAAUUUCUCAGCCCCUCUUCUCUCUCUAUUCUCUCCUCUUUUCGUGAUUUUGCCCAAGCGGUUCAAUUUGGGGGCAAAGCUAAAUCUUUCCUCGAAACCCUAGAUUAAUGUCCGCUUAGGGCAUGUCCAUAUCCCCUCUCGCCUCUUUUAUUGAUUUAUUAAUUGGUAAACAAGUCGAGGUUAUUGUUCGAGAGGACUUUCGAGUAUGGCAAAGGUAGCUGCGCAUGGUGCAUUAACUUCUGCUUCGUUGCAAAUCGGUGGGGAUGCCCUGAAAGUUGGUCCAACAGUUAAAAGGAAGACCCCUUCGGAACUCAGAGGGGAACAGUUAAAGCGAACCAAUGUUGCUGAGCUUGUUAGUAAAUCUUUGGCCCCAAGUGAGAUGGAUAAUGGACUCAAGAAAACAGAUCCUCCAAGGAAUCCUAGAUAUAUUGACACCCGUAUGGAUGAAGUAUAUCCUGCCAAGAAAUCAAGGUUCAAACUUUCAGGAAAAGAAAAUGCCAAGGAAAAUAGUUCAAUUCCGCAGCCUAUCAGCCUAAAGAAAAUCUCCGCAUUUUCAAAUUUUGCUGCUGAGAGAAGUCCACAGAAUUCUGUUGCUUCUGUUGAUGUUCCAAAAGAUGAUGUUCUCGGUGCCCGUCCUACACUUGAAAAAUGUAGCCAUGGUACAUUUCUUACUGUUACUGAGCUUUCAUCAGGGGGUCAAAAGUUAUCAGGCUUGGCAACUGUUGAAAUGGAUAAAGCUUUGAAAGGACUAGCUUCCUGUGAAGCAUUCCCAACUAGACCUCCUGAGUCUGCUGGAAAAAUUGAUGACCUUUCAACUGGAAACUUCUGCUCUGAAUUCCAUGUGACUGGCCUGAAGGUUCCUCUGGAUUUUACUUUGAAAACUUAUAUGCGAUUGGUGUCCUCAUCGUCCGUGAAUUGGUUAAAUAGGUUAAUUACGUGUGGUACAUACAAUGGUGUGCCUCAGUUUGCAUCCCAUUCUGGUUCCUCUGAAGAUCAAAAUAUUAGCAGUGCUUCACAGACCAGACUGACUUCCCAAGUUUUGAAUUCUAAAGCAUUACAUUCAUGGAUUUACCCUCAAUCUACCUUACCGCCAUCUCUCGUGGCAAUAUUGGUCUCAUCAGCAGCAGAUGGAGUUGAAAUGGAUUUCUUAAGAAAGCGAAUUGGAGCAUGGGAGGAGUCAUUUCGGAGUCUUUAUUAUAUGUUUCGGGAAAACGCUUGUAGCGUCUUUUAUGUGUGCACUUCACAUUUUGUGGUAAUGUUCACUUCUGUUGAUGGUUCGGGAAGAAGUAGAUCAUACCAAGCUUAUAUCUCCCAGUCAACAAGAGGUUUGAGAUCUUCACUAAAAGAGCAUGAUGUUUCUUUUUCUAUGCCUCUUUGCCGCUCUCAAGUAGAACAAGUAACUACUGAAGAUCUUGUAGAGCUGUCAGAAAUUGAGAAGCGUAAUUUGGGUCAGACUCGACGCAUGAAUUCCUUCUCUGAUGUUGAUAAUACUCCACAGUCUCUGCUGGCUUUCAGUGGAAACCGGAAUGUUCAUGGCUUGUAUGAUAUCUUGUUAAAUUAUAGAUCUUUCUUGACCUUUUUGAAUGCGGUGGAUGUUCCUGUAUUAUAUUCUCCUGUACCCUUUCAACAUGCUGCUCUUUCUGCUCCAGAGGUUAGAUGCAUGGAGAUCAAAAGAGCUGAUCACGGUACUUAUCUUUCCCAUGGAUCAUCCACCUUGAACGAUGGUCAUUCCACACCAAUUUCAUCUGCUGGCCUUUGCUAUAGUGUUGAAAUCAAGGAUUCACAUAUUCCACCUUGGAUUAUCAGCAAAAUAUGUGCUCUAAUGGCCUCUAAAGGACAAAGCUUUGAAGCAAGCUUUACAACGGAGCACACUUCAGUUGGCUUAAAUACGGCUCUUGGAGUGGUUUCUCAGAUAGCCGAUAGUGAAGUCACAGUUGAAGACUCACAAGAAACAGCCUAUACAUUCGGUAUUCCCGAAGCAAUUGUUUCCCCUUGUUUGCAUUCAGGCUUAUUAAAGGGUUUGAGCUACUGCAAUGGUUCUUAUACGGUGUCUCUCUCACCCGUAUGACAUUUUACAGCUGGAGAAACUAUAUUUUGUUAUCCAUGCCUGAUUUUGUUUUGCUGAUUGUAAUGAAGCAACGGUAAUGGGAUUUCAUAUUCAUGAAACUUUUGUUUCCCCUUGUUUGCUUCUAGUAGUCACGAUAUCUUAGAAAUUACAUUUUGUUACUGAUUCCAACUUGGCCUUUGUAUUCUAGUUUGAUUCACAGAAUUUGUAACUUGUAUCGUCCAAGUUUGUAAGGGCUUGUUGAGCACAUGUUUUAUUUUAAUGCACAGAACCAAAACAUAAUGAAUUUCUUUA